GAGGAGAGGGGAGGGGGGAGGAGAGGGAGGGGUCGGCUGUGAAUGGGAGCAGCUUCCACCGUUAGCUUCCUGCUACAUGAACACACUGAUUCCUCCUCUGUCUCUGAAACACAAGAAGAAGAAGAAGAAGUGCAGGAAGUCAUCUGCAUCUCUGCUGCCUCACCCUCCCUCCCUCCCUCCCUCCCUCUCUGUAGCCCAUCAUCCCCAUCACAUCCACACCCAAGGAUCCCCCUGCCUCCCUCCCUGCCUCCCUCCCGUCUCCUCCAUCAUUUCCUCCUCCGGAGAGAGACGGAGAUGCUGGUCUGACUCCCUCCUCCUCCCUCCUCCUCCCGUCUGACCAGAGGCUGCUACCUGUGGAGGCUCCUGCUUCUCUGGUUCUCCACCAGCCGCCGGCUCGCGGAGCUCAGCCCAGACGGAGGCGCCAUGCUGGGGGUGGACGUGUGCGAGUUUGGGGGCCAGGUGCUGGAGCUGCUGUGGCUGAGCAUGUGCUACCGAGGGCUGAUCGGGGAGAAGAAGGAUCUGCCGGUGGAGGAGGACGACGACGACAGGAACCUGAACUACAACCCUCCGGCCCAGAAGUCUCUGCAGGAGAUCCAGGACCUGGACAAAGACGACGAGAGUCUGGUGAAGUACAAGCAGACGCUGCUGGGCCCCGAGGCCCCGAGGGCCGAUGAGUCUGGACCAAACGUCACGGUGACCAGGUUGACUCUGCUGUGUGACGACGCUCCUGAACCAAUCAGCAUGGACCUGACAGGAGAUCUGAGCGCUCUGAGGGAGAAGAGCGUCUCUCUACAGGAAGGAGCCAGAUACCGACUAAAGAUCCACUUCAAGGUGAACAGGGAAAUCGUCUCUGGGCUGAAGUAUCGUCAUGUGACCUACAGGAAAGGAGUCAGAGUGAACAAGCUGGUGUACAUGGUGGGGAGUUACGGGCCGCGGGCCGAGGACCAGGAGUUCGUGUCUCCGGCCGACGAGGCUCCUAAAGGUCUGAUGUCUCGUGGUCCGUAUCAGGUCAGGUCCUGCCUGGUGGACGACGACAAGAACGUCUUCUUGUCCUGGGAGUGGAACCUGAACGUCAGCAAGGACUGGAACUAACGGAGGCUCUGCUCCUCCUCCUCCUCCUCCUCCUGCUCCUGCUCCUCCUCCUCCUCCUCCUGCUCCUCCUCCUCCUCCUGCUCCUCCUCCUGC